AUGUCUACAGGCAACACAACUUGCAAAGGCGAAUCGAUGACAUGGGCCGUGAACGAUCGAGGAGAAACGCCUUCAAUCCCAACAGCUGCUGCUGCUCUAGCGUUGCCUUCGCCUUGUUUCAGGCUUGUAUGUUUGCAGCGACUCAUGCUAAGAAGUUUUAGGGGUGUGGCUUCGUUACCUCGUACUCAGAACUUCUCUUCCUGGUUAGACGGUUGCGAGAACCCUCAGAUAGGCAGUCUUCCGGACAACGUUGCCAGGAGUAGGAGUGUGUCGAUCCCGCAAUGGGCAUCUGUCUCGCCGCGAAAAUCUGAUGAGGCUUGGAAUAUAACUCUCGCUUUGGCCAACGCGACUUCUCUCCAGCCCUCCUUUCGAACAUCCAGCAAUGUCACAAGUACCAUAUCAUCUGCAAGUAUCACUACGUCGAUGGAUUCUCUUCCACAGCCUGUUCAGACAUACAGUGAGGUUGGAGAGGUGAUGAAUGGAGCGAGAAAAGGAGGACAGACUACAGGUGCUGUCGUCGGUGCCCUGGGAGGAACAGUAUUGAUUUCCAUUAUUCUAGUCUAUUUGUACAAACAGAAGAGGUAA